AUGAUUGAUAAAAGCGUUAUCAUCACUGCCCACCGAGCUUUAGCUCUUCCAGAAAUCGUGGGUGAAAUCCUCGUUUGGCUCGGAAACGGCCCUAUACAUUGGUUACUGCAUUGCGCCUUGGUAAACAAGACAUGGUUCCACGAAGCGAUACGUAGAUUGUGGAGCGACUUAGAAGCACAUGGGAUCUUCCUCGAGGAGGGCAUGAUGGGAAUUUCCCCAGACCGCCGCCAGAUGUAUGCCAACCUUGUGAAGAUUGCAAGUGUGGCAACCUAUCUCCAGGAGACAGAACCAGUGGUUCAGCCAGCUUUGGAAAGCGUGGUCUUUCCGCAGUUACACACUUCGUACCUUGUUUUAGCCUUUCAUGGCUCGGGCACGGACAAGUGUAUCCGCAUCCCAGCCUUGAACAUGCCAAGUCUCCAGACCCUUCAUGUCGAAUAUGCGGCAGCUUUCAACAUGCCAGAUAUGAUCAAGUAUGCGGCUGGGCCCAGGUAUCUAUACCCUGAUCAAUGGGACUAUCUCGUUGACCAGAUACCGAAGCUCUUUCCUCGGUUGGUAAAUUUUCAAGUUGUGAUACCGGCCAUCCUUUAUAUUGCCGGCUUUGAGACUCUAUCUAAAAGUGAGGGGGAUACAGUUAGUGAGAAUUCUGAUAAUGAGGACCUGAACGAGGAGGAUUCGGACGACCAGGAUUUGGACCGGGACUUGGACGACCAGGAUGCGGAUGACGAGGAUACAGAUGAGGAGGGCACAACGUACACAUACACCGUGAAUGCGGAUGAGAGAUGA